UUUAAGUCCACCGGUUGUAAGUGAUCGAGAGUUAGAGGGACUUUUAUUUGUUUUAUAGGGAAGUAUGACCAUUUCAAAGUGAUGAACAGACCAGUUGCCUCGGGCACUACAAGUGUUUGUUACUGCUGCUGUUCGGAAACACAGGCUAAUGCCCCGUCCAACAGCAUGGAUGUCGACGCAGCCCUGCAUGAACUGGGCAUGCUCAGUACUGUCACCGACAGUCGACACCAGUUUUUGAAAGAACGGAACCGGACUGUCAGUGAGAAUUCUGCCGUAUCACUAAAACCCCAGAACGGCUACCAUAUUGUACAGAUAGACAAACAUUAUGUGACCGGUGUAUCUGUGAAAAGAUCGGUAACUGUGCACAAAUCUCCAUCGGAAUCGGCUCUCCACAAUGACACUGCCAACGUCGGUGUCAUCGAUGGUUUAUUUACCCACACUCCGGCUCCCGAUUCUCCCCCAUUUCUGUCUCGCUUCCCAGAACAUGGAAACUGCACGGGUAAUGAAUCGAGAGGGAAGCAGUUGUUGUACAAAGCAAAACAAGUGAGCCCUCUCGAACUGCAGGCUAGUGCAAACCGCCUGGCUCGCGUGAAGCUGUCGCGGGCAUACCGCCACCAGAGACCCUACAGUCUGUCGGGGAGACUCUACCAUUCCAUGCACGAGGGUGAUUUCCACGUGGAUGAGCAGAGUGACAGGAACCAGUCUAAGUCAAACGUCAGCUCCCCGGUGAAAGGAGUGGACGACACACAACUUUUACCACGGUCACGGUCACUGGACAACCUCGACAUGGCCAAGUUAAAACUGACCGAUCUUUUCGAUAGUGAAAUUAAUGGUUCAGAAUCUCAGUCGAUGGAGGAUGUUUCGAGGGAUCUAGAGAAGCUGCAGGUUAACAAUUGAUCGCGUUAUGGCUGCAGUUUACCGGUUUAAUUGUGAUGAUUACAAAUUGUCAUUUAGUUGAAAUACAUAAUUUUAAUAUAUUUAAGUUAUAUACAUUUUAAAGUAAACAAAUAAUUAUUAAAUUGGUGAAUAAUUCUACAUGUGUACCGUUUAUGAAAUACCAAGUAUUUAGUCUGCAGAACUACAGGUAAUCUAUAAAAUAUCUUUGUUGUAAUCAAACUGAUUCCAUUUUUAGCCAUAAUUUCUGGUUUUUAAUACAAUGUAUAUAAACUGAAAUGAAUUGAUUCACAAACAAACACAUUGCUACGUGUAUGUAACAUCAAAUUCAGGCUAGAGAUUUUCAAAUUAUUUUAAGAGCUAUGAUAUCGUAAAACCAUUGUAGACUGUGAUAUCACUACGUCCAGCACACGCCAGUGACAUCAUUGUUUCCGGUGGUUUUAUGAUAUUGUAGUUCUAAGAUACAGUAAGCCCUGGUUCUGAAGUAUGCCAAUAUUAAAAACGUCUUGCCAUAAUGACAAUGAUUGUACAUGUUAUUGUUAAAAUAGCCAUGGUUUUAAAUGAUUGUCUGCAGUGCAGAUUUAAAAACUAAAAAUUUAUAAAACAAAAAUACAGCCAAUAUACAUUGUAUGUUGCCAGGGUUUUAUCACAUAUGUUUCUAGACUCCGAUAAUCGGCACCAUUACCCACCAUUCUCUAAAGACUCGGUUUUUAUUCCCAAGUUUGGAGUAUCAAUGUAAAUAAUUAUAAUUUUUUAUUAUUAUAUAAAGGCAUAUUUUGAAAACAAGACAUAAGACUUGAUAUUUGAAUAAAUAUAAGUAUAUGUAUAGUAUUAGUCUUUUCGAUUCUAACAAGGCUUUCUCAGAUGUAACCCCCUAGAAACGUUGUUUUCCACCCUUGACCUCUGGUAGCCUCACCCCCCCCCCCCCCCCUCCAAUGUCUACUUGCUUCCAACAUGUCUGAUAUAACACAUAAUUGAACCAAAUUUAGGGUGUGUAAUUUUUGUUUUUAAAUAUAAGAUUUUUUGGAGAAGGGCUUUCUUGACGUGUUCAGAGUUUCUACCAGAGGGCUGGUACAACAGGGUAAAAUUACAGACCGUAAAAUCAUUAAAAUUUAUGUGUUUUUUUUUAGAAAGUUCAUAGUACAAGAACUUGUGUUUAAAUUUUUUUUAAAUACCUGAAAUUCAGUGAAUAAUUUCAAAAGAUUUCAAACCAAUAAGCACCUUCAGUGAUUUAUCCAGGACUUUAUGCCAGGGUCCAAUGUCUGAUGGGAUUGGGGAAAUUAGCGUGUCUAAAUCAUAUUUGGGAUAUCUUUCAGGCUACUGAAUUUAUGCAGUACACUUAGUCUACUGUUAAAUUAAUUUAUUGGGGCAGAUGUAAUUAAUUAUAAAUAUUGGGAAUGUUUACCAUUACGAUAGAAAUUGGGAAUUUUCAGUGCCACAUACUUUUGGAAAGGGGUCUGCAUGUAUCUUCGGACCCACAGAAAGCCUUGAUAAAUCUCUGAUCUAAAGUCUGAACCAAAUAAAUGACUCUCCUACCUUUAAUUACCAUUAGAUUUCCCCAAAAUUUUGUCCAGACACAAAUUGUGAGAAAAAAAAACCCAUUACAGUGACACAAAUCCCACAUACGAAACUGUAACUGAUAUCGACUUCGCCGAGAUCGCCUAGGGCAAAAUACAUGCAAUUUUCUCCCAUCUGCCAUUUUGCUUGUUUAUUGAAUACUCUUUAAAAGUGGUGGAUCGAUAUGACAUAAUGUAACAACAUCAUGAAAUGCGCUAAGAUAUAAUGUACUCAUCAUGACAUCAGAUUAAUUACAUCACAUACAUGUACUUAGCAGGCUUCCAUCCCUGUUGAAGAGUAUUCCAUAAACAAACAAAAUGGCAGAUGGCAGAAAACUGCAUGUAUUUUGCUCUAUGUAACCUCGGUGAAGUCAAUAUCGGUGACUUCGUUACAGUCUCAUAUAUGGAAUCUGUCACUGUAUGUUUUUUUUACGAUUUAUGUUUUGACAAAAAGUGGAGAAAAUCUUAAUGGUAAUUAAAGGUAGGAGAGUAAUGUAUCGUAGUUGUUAACAAUUUGGUUCAGACUUUAGUAGAGGUUCUUAUGAUUUAUUUUGUUUUUAUUAUGCCCCUCAAAAUUAUGCCCUGAAAAGUGACUUAUAAUAGUCUGAUGUGGUAACCUCCUAGUAACCUGAAUGAUCGUCUGUAUCAAUUUAUAAUCCUAUAGAUGGGAAAGUUCAUGUAAAAGAAACCUUGCUGCUAUAGUAAUCUACGAGGCAGUAGUUUUCAUUUCAUUCUUUCCAGAAACAAAAUGUUUAACUGGCAACAUACAUACAUGUAUUGGAUAUGAAAUAGCUGUAAUUUAAAAAUGUGUUACGGUGUACAGUAUUUAAAUAUUCCUUUCCUUUUCGAAUAUUUUUUGCCAAAAUGCUAAUUAAUUUAUUCCAGACUCGAUGUGGCUACAUAUGUACCAGUGUUUUGGCCCAUUUUCCAUUAACAUGAUUUCGUGUACAUGUUUACCAAUAUAGAGGAUAUGAGUAUGAUUUCCACAUACACGUUUCCACGUGGUGGUACACACCUGAAAAUUGCGAGAACGAUCAUUUUGUCCGUGUGUCGCUUAGACAAAUCUAAUUUCGCAUUAUGUAUUUUUCAUUCAGUGCAUUAAAUUUAUAUGCAUGUGUUUACUAGUGGCUUAAAAGUGCACCACGACAAUGUACAAUUUUGUAUCGUAAUCUGCUUGUGAAAAGACAGAUUUGGAAAUGCACAUUUCUGUGAUCGGAAUCGCAUUAAUUAAUGGAAAAUGGGCCUUACACGUAGCCUUUAUUUUGUAUGUAUUUUGUUCAACCAAGAGAAUUUGACUACAUUUUGCAGACAAAAUUUUCUAAACUGCUACCAAUGUGUUGCCCUGCAUACUAUAAACAUGUGGCUUACGUGGUUUAAUUUCUUCCAGUUUGACAAAUUUCUUAAUUGUGUUUAAAUUGCAUAACAACUACAUUGACAUGUACCUGCGAUACAUGUAGUUAAUGGUUUUAAUAAUUAUUCUUAAACUUAUUUCUUAUUUUUACAUCGCUACAGUUGACACAUUCAGGAGCCGUUCACAAUUACAUAUACAUGUAUACAGUUAAUCCAGAUAUUCAGCUUCCUGAUCUGGACAAACAUUAUCCAAAACAAUUUGUAAAAAAAAAAAAAAAAAAUUGCUUUAUUUGACCAGACGUAAUUUCUUCCAA